UGGCGGGACGCGCCCGGCUCCUCUCAGUCGCGACAAGAGACCGGCCGGGAAGUGAUCCGCGGGCGAGAGAAGCUGCGAGUACUCGAGUGCCAGGGUGCUUGUGAUACAGGGACGCUCAGGAUGUCGACGACAGCCUCCAGGGUGGCGGCGGCGCUGACGUGCGCCGCGUGCUUGCUGCAGGUGUGGGCGGUGCCGGCCGGGACAACCCCGCAGCCAGAAAACGCAGUGGCUCCCUGCCAGCUAAAUUCAACAGACCUGAACCAGUGCAUCGCAAGAAAUAUAGAACAUUUUCUGCAGACGGCUAAACACGGCCUGAGUGAGGUGGGCAUAGACGCGCUGGAUCCGCUGGCCGUCAAGGAGCUCGAGCUCAUAAAAGGCAAGGGCAAGGUGGCUGUGACCUUCGAGUUCCACGACGUUCGCUUCAAGGGAUUCAGCAACUCGGAGGUCAACUCAGCACGGAUGAACGUGAACGACAAGAAGCUGGAAGUGUCGCUCAGGGCGCCCGUCUACGAGAUCGAUGGGCAGUACACCUGCAGCGGUGGCGUCUACGAGCUGCCCAUCUCUAGCAACGGGCACUUUGCCGUCACCCUCACUGACGUAACCUCGGCGUGGAUGCUGUACUUUCUGACCAAGACGACGAACAACGAGACGCAGGUAGCGGUCAAUAGGUUCAUCGUCGACGUGAGCCCAUCGAAUGUCGUCUACCGUUUCGAUAAGAAGUUUGACGGCGAAAACAGCUUAGGUAUAGGUGAGGCCAUGGACGAGUUCAUGAAUGAAAACGCCCUCGAGAUCUACAACGACAUCAAGCCGCAGCUCAUGAGCAUGCUGAGCGAGCUGUUCCUGGAGCGUGCCAACCAGGUGCUCAUCAACUUCCCCGGAGCCCUGCCCUUCAUCGAGUAGAGCCCUAGCGCGUCGCAGCACAAGCAAGUCGCACGCGCCGGAGAGGUAGGCCCGCCGGAGCAGCUCGUGGACCGGCGCGGCGCCGCCUCAAGGCCACUGCCCCCGCCGUGCCCGAGGAGAUAUUCAGCACUUGUCCUCUACGUUGGAGAAAAAAGAAAGAUGAGCGGCUGUUAGGGGCAGUAGUGUACUACACGAUGCCAGGGAAUGAGUUUUUCACUCCCCGCUCAUCGAUGUGAUAAAGGAAGAAAAAUGGCAUGUCCCGUGGCUCUAAUUAUGUGGGUUGGCUGGAGUCACGUGGAGUUCAGUGAGCUGUACACGUGCGAGUUUAUAAACUAUGCCCUCCGUGGCCCCACGCCUUCCAGGAAACUGGUCCGCGAAUCCCAACGGGGGCCACGUGCGACACAACUCGCCACUUAAAGUAGCCAAAUUGGGAGGGGCAAACUGAAGGAAAAGCCAAGGCCAACGUAGAAAAUCUCGCGACUCCCAACUCGCUCAGCGUAUUGAAUUCGAAUGGAUCGUCGUGUUAUAUUGUUCGUACCUCUGAAAUGCGGAGGCAUCGCACAAGAAUCGUCGCACAUUGUAGUCGAAGAGGUGAAAUCGACACCAGUUCGGUGUAUUAGGCCUAUCGUAUUGAAUUGCCUGUGAUAAUAUAUAAUCUAUAUAACUUAUGGUACGUUGUAUCUCGUAUCUCCUGGGCUAACCCGCUUUGUGUACACUCUUCUCGAGUCCCGGCUUAGACGUGGAGCAUAUGGGAAGCGGCCGAUUCGUCUGACUGGAUGGCGCGGCCGCUGUCAGACGUGCACUUAGACAACCGUAUCAUUCUAGGAACGAAAUCGUUACUUUGGAACAUUGAUUUUUUUUCAGCUCAACAAAAUUUGUUUUAUCCGACAAAUGUUUCGUUUUCUUAAAUAAACUUUUUCGUCGCCCGAACGAAAAAAAAAUGA